AUGCCAAUUUUCACCGAAGUCUCUGUUCAGUCAAGAGACCUAAGGGUGCUCCCUUCAUUUGCACCUCCAUUACCUCGUCUUUCCUCUCCAUUUCAUUCAGACAUAAAAUACAAUGGAGUAACGCGGUAUGAAGUGGUUGUUGUUGGGGCUGGACCGGCCGGGUUAAUGUUGGCUCUUCUACUGGCGAGAUAUGGACUAAGUGACCGGAGUCUUCUGUGCAUUGACUCAAAAGCCAGUGCCCUCAAAAGCGGCCAGGCAGACGGAGUACAGCCUCGGACAUUAGAAGUAUUCAAGACUCUAGGGAUUUCAGAUGAAAUUGAGAACGAGGCAUGCCAGCUGUGGGAAGUUGCAUUUUGGAAUACUUCCCAGGAUAAACUGAAGACCAUUGAGCGGAAAUCCAUCAUGCCCACUGUGAUGGUUCCAGCUCGCUUUCCGUACGAGGCGACUAUUCACCAGGGCCGAAUCGAGCGAAUCAUGGAAACGGACCUGUUGAGGUAUUCUGACCGAGGGGUAGUGCGAAAUACAAAGCUCCUCAACGUGCGCCUUGACGAGGAAGGUGAUCCUGAGUUUCCCGUCAUAGCAGAAAUCGAAACUAGCGGAGUUAAGCAGACUAUUCGUUCAAAAGCCCUAGUUGGCGCGGAUGGCGCCCACUCAACUGUGCGCCAAAACUUGGGGCUCGAGUUGAAAGGAAAAUCAUUGGACUAUGUCUGGGGCGUUGUUGAUAUGGUUGUUGAUACAGAUUUCCCGGAUAUUCGCCGACGUUGCGCCGUACACUCUCCCUCAGGCUCUGUCAUGGUGAUCCCUCGCGAACGAAUAGUAACGGGUGAAUAUCUUACUCGUAUCUAUGUUCAUGUUCCAGAUGCUAUCAAGAAUGGUACAGGUGGCAACAGCGAAGAAAUUCAGACAGAGGAUGCAAGACUACGCCGGAACAAAGUGACGUUACAAAACAUUCUGCAACAGGCCAGAGAUGUCUUCAAACCAUACCAUUUUGAGCCAAAAGGAGACAACACAAUCGAUUGGUGGGCAGCAUACCAAAUUGGCCAGCGGCUAGCCCCAGAAUUCGCCGUGAGAGAUUCGAAAGGGGUUGACCGAGUCUUUAUCGUUGGUGACGCCUGUCAUACACAUAGUCCAAAGGCUGGUCAAGGAAUGAAUGUCUCCAUGAUGGACUCAUACAAUUUAGCUUGGAAACUCGCCUACUGGGUUAACGGCCUUAGCCCAGCAUCAUCAGAUCUGGGCAGACCAGAUUCUGUUGUGCAAACCUAUCAGAUUGAACGCUAUUCUAAUGCCCAGCAAUUGAUUGACUUCGAUCGCCAGUUCUCCACGGUAUUUUCCGAACAGUUUAACGAGGCAGAGGCCGGCAUGUCCCAUGCAGAUUUCGUGAAUCUAUUCAAUACAGGAAACGGGUUUACCAGUGGAUGCGGUGUUGAAUACCCGGCUAACUUGCUAGUAGUGAAUGAUUUUCCUAACUGGGGUUCUUCCAAUCCAGUUCAAGGAACCAAUUAUUCGGGUGGCAUAUUGCGGCCAGGCCGGAGACUUCUAAAUGUGAAGCUGAAGCGAUUUGCCGAUGGCUGGCAACGGCAUAUUCAAGACGGUAUGCUUGUUUCUCAACCUCAUCUCGACCAACGAAGAUGCUUAAGUCGGGGAAAUUCUACAGAUCUAUCUUCCACCGGCAGAUUUCGUAUUCUAGCCCUAACGUCGACUGAUCUUCUUGACCCAGAAUCAAUUUCUGCCACGACGCUGAACAAGCUGUCCGAGCUCACGAAGCAAUUUCCAGCUAAUAUCAUUGAAAAAAUUAUUAUCCAUCCUCGUCUUCCUCGACCAUUCAGUUGGGGAGAUAUCCCAGCCAGUGUUAAGAUACAUGCAGAAAUGCGAUUCUACAGUGGUUACGACUUGGAUGACGUCUACCAAAUCUACGGAGUUGACCCGGUACACGGCGCGCUGGUUGUGGUACGGCCAGAUGGUAUAUUUGUGUAUAAUACUUUUAUCUACAUAGAUGUAGCAGUCUGGGUGCCUGAGGCUACAGUAAUCAUCCGCAUCGUCAAGGAUUCUGUGAUCGAGAAGAUCUGCGCAGUCAUGCUCGUGUUGGCGGCUGGUAGGGGUAUAAAGACAAAGCUCGUUUCAGAAGGAGGGACUGGUUCCUUGAAAACGAAGAUUCACCGCGAUCCUGCCCAGGUAUGUUCACUCACGCACAGGGUGGGAAGAUGCACUACUAAGUCGGAUGGUGACAGCCCAAAGCAACAGCUCAGCGAAAAUGCUGUGCAAUUUUUGAUGAAAAACCCGGUCAGCUCCGGCAGAUUCAGCAUCGAACACUCUCAGAAGGAAGCCCUUAAAGUGAAGUCUAACCUCGGCAAGCGCGCCAGAGGCGUGCACAAAGGCAGUCCUAAUCGUGACCGCCGACCACGCAACGGCCAUAAAGGCAAAUUGAUCGAUGAGGCUUGA